UAAGCUAAACUGGUUGGAAAAUAGAAGCCUUGGCAACGAGUCUUCGUCAAGAAUAUGGUAAUAGGCAAAGCAGGGCCAUAUCUAACCUUACACUUUCCUCUUUCUUUCCAAACAAACGGGAUUCACAAUUCUCCACUACGCUGGAAACUAUUGAGUAAGAGCCCUAGCAGGUCAGAAGGCAUCCUUGUUUUAAAUCCUAGGGUGGCGGUUCCUUAUGGUCAGUCUUACCUGCAAUGCUAAUUUGAGGAUGAGAGAUGGGGAAGUCUAAUUGUAACAUGCUCAUAUAGUUGACAUAGGCAUUGACUUGAAAUAUGGGAGAUGGAAGGGACAAGAAUGAGAAUGAGUCUACUGACAAAGGGCUAUUUUCACAUCUUGCUGCGUAUGCUGUUGGACACUAUCCUCCACAUGGAUCAUAUCCACCGCAACCAUAUCCACCACAAGGAUAUCCUCCUCAGGGAUAUCCCCCGCAUGGAUAUCCUGUACAAGGAUAUCCACCAGCUGCUUACCCUCCUCCUGGUGGACGUCCAUCAGCAGGUUAUCCUCCUCCAGCUGGAUACCCAGCAUCUGGUUAUCCUCCCCCUGGUGGAUAUCCUCCAGCUGGGUAUCCUCCUCCAGCCGGAUACCCAGCAUCUGGUUAUCCUCCUCCAGCCGGAUACCCAGCAUCUGGUUAUCCUCCCCCUGGUGGAUAUCCUCCAGCGGGGUAUCCUCCUCCAGCCGGAUACCCAGCAUCUGGUUAUCCUCCCCCUGGUGGAUAUCCUCCAGCUGGGUACCCUCCAGCUGGUUAUCCUGGUCCCUCAGCUCCUUAUUAUCCCAGGCUAUCAGCCCCACAUUAUCCAGGACAUGGAUCUGGUAUGGGAGCAUUGCUGGCUGGUGGUGCAGCUGCUGCAGCUGCCGCUUAUGGGGCUCACCAUAUGGCCCAUGGUAUGCACCAUUUUGGUCAUGGGACCUUCUUUGGCCAUGGUAAAUUCAAGCACGGCAAGUUUAAGCGUGGGAAGUUUGGAAAGAGAUGGAAGCAUGGCAUAUUUGGGAAGCACAAGGGCUUUGGGUUCAAGAGAUGGAAGUAAUUAUUCCAGCAUGUCAAACUUGUUUAUUUGAUUUUACUAAUGUUGGCUUUGUUAUUUUAAUUGCAUAUCUGUCCUAAUUAAUGUAGACUGAAUUCCAAGCCUUCUCAUAAACAUAAUUAGAUGUUAAGUAUGAAUUGAUCUGAUCUCUGCUGUAAAAAUCCGGUGUGUUUGACCUCCUUGUUAAUGAACUUGGUAUUGUUGCUGGAGGAAUGUAGUCCUUAGUUGAAAACUCCA